CUCUCUUUCUCUCUCUCUUUCUCUUUCUCUUGCCUUAGACAAUUUGUUCUUUCGUGUCGAUUUUGCAUAGUGAAAGUGAGAAAAAGUGAGGAAUUCAGUGAAUUUAAUUGUUAACAACAUUGAAAACCCACUAGCAGAAAUUCACACACACACACACUGAAAAUCAGUUGCAUUAACAUCUGUUGAUGGUUUGCAUGCGGUUUAUGAUGAGAAUUUAAUCAAUUGAUUCUUGUUCUUGCUGAUCAAACAAGACCAAGAAACAAACAGAGAGAGAAAACAACAAAAAAAAAAAGGAAAAAGUUUUUCAAAAUUUAUUUAUCUUUUUCUUUCUUUUUGUACUCAGGCAUGGAGGCUACAGAAAUUUAGGAGACCUUUGCAUUUUUAUUUUUUUUUAUUUUUGUUACUUUUAUAUUCUGUGUCAUUGAGUUUUGAUUCAUGGGUUUUUUCUUGUGAAAUUAAUCACUUGCAGCACUUUCUGGGAAAAUUUUCUGAUCAUUGAGUUAUGCUGAGGAAUGGAUCAAGAGCAGUGACAAGCAACAAGCAAGCUCUAAUGGCAGAACACAGCUCUCUAUCAUCUCCCUCCCAAAAUCACUCCAAACCCAUUUCAUCUUUCUUUUCUUCUCCAAGGUUUUUCAAUGGGUUUCUCCCCAAACCUCCCUCCGAAACCGAAACAAUCAGUCCUACUUCAAUUCUCGGCAGCAACCCAUUCUCUCCCCACAAUUUCUCAGGAAACAGACACUCCUGGGAAAAAUCAGACCCAAAAGGCAUCGGCCUAGCUCUUGUUGGCUCCCUCAACGAUGAAAAAACCGAUUCCAUUUUGUCCCAACCCAAUACCAGAAAGGUCUUGUUUGGAUCAAAACUCAAAAUUCAAAUUCCCCCAAUUCCACCUUCUCCCUUUUCUCCCUCCGAAUCACCCAAAUCUCCAGCAGAUUUCGGAACCAAAACCCCUCGCAAUUCCCAAUUCAUAGCUUCUCUAUCUCCAUUUGAAUAUGUGAAUUCUGGAACCCAAGCAAAGGAUUUGAAUGGGUGUCUCUCUGUGAGUGAAAUGGAGCUAUCUGAGGACUAUACAUGUGUGAUCUCUCAUGGGUCAAAUCCAAGAACAACCCAUAUAUAUGGCAACAUCGUUGUGGAGAGCUAUUGUGGCGUUGUUAAAGUGUCUGAGUUGAAUUCUUCGCCGGAAAAGUUGAACUCGCCGCCGCCGGAGCACUUCCUCAGCCUCUGUUACACUUGCAAGAAGAGUCUUGAACAGGGGAAGGACAUUUACAUAUACAGAGGUGAAAAGGCCUUCUGCAGCAGCGAAUGCAGGUGCCAAGAAAUGCUUUUUGAUGGAGUAGAGAGUCCUUCAGAAUCGGCUGGUGAUGAUGCCUUGUUAUAGGACUCUGUUCCUGUUCUUGUUCUUCAUUCCCUCUUCUGUUCUUGUUGUUCUAUCUAUCUUUAAUUUCUUUUUCUUUUUC